GCGCGGCCGCCAUGGCGGAAGGGCGGAGCGCCGCGCGCAGGGUGCUGCGGCUGCAAGCGCGCCUCGGCCGCGCGCAGGAGCCCCGCGAGAUUAUAAAAGCACUUAAGGGACUACAGGAUUUGGAUAUAACGCUGGACAUUCUAGUGGAAACUGGCAUAGGCAAAACUGUUAACAGUUUGAGGAAACAUGCCACUGCUGGGAAUGUAGCUAAAUCCCUGAUAAACCAAUGGAAAAAACUUAUUCCUUCAGAAAGUGAAAGUGGUCACAGAGGCAAAAAACAAAGUACUGAAAAAGAGAAAUAUGAGACAAAAUCUUCCAUUUCCAAGGAGAAUAAGCCUUCAGAGAAAUCUAAAGCAUCUGUACAGGCCUCCAAAAGCUCUCCCAUUUCUAAAAAGUUGAAUAAGGAGCAUACUCGUAUGGAAAACAAACACAGAAGUAGAGAUUCUGAGUCUCAAAAAGAAUCUGAUAGUAAAGAAUGUAGCAGCAGUGGUUCUAAGCAUGCUUCCCAGGGUACCAAUCCUAAAGCUAAAAAAAGUAUCUUUAAAGAGACAGUGUCCGCAGACAGCAAAAAACUUUCAGACAAGCAGCAUUCCGUUGUAGCCAAUAAAGACUUAUCCCACCUGAAGGAAAAGACUGGUAAAGGUGCUUCCAAACAGAGAAAUCCUAAGCAUGUGAGGAAACCAAAACAAAAACCUGUCCUGAGAAACAAAGCUGAGUUACCUAGUGAUGAGGAAUUUGAGUCCCCUACUAUGUCUUUUGAAUCUUAUCUUAAUUAUGAUCAGGUUACAAAUAAAAGAAAGAGGAAGGCUUGUUCUACAAGUAAACAGCCAAAGAAGCACGGUGAACAGAGGAGCAGCUCUUCAACAAAAAAGACUUCAAAAUUUCCUCCUGCAAAGGAGGAAGAAGAAAAUGUACAAAAAUCUGAGGAUGAUCCAUCAGAAACUCCCAGUAAAAAGGCCAAGAUGGCAUCCCUGCAAGAUCUUCUUAAUACUCCACUGCCUAAAUUUCUGCCAGACAUCUCAGUCUCUUCUCCCCCAUAUGCUGCUGAGUUUAAAGCACCUGUUGUAGAAGCACCCCACCAAGUCAGUGAGACAGUUCAAUUCACAGGACGGAGACUGAACUCUAAAAUGCAAGUUUACUCUGGCUCUAAAACAGUCUGUCUUUCAAAGAUGCUUACACUAUAUGAACAGUGCAUCCGUGUGCUUCAAAAUAAUAUUGAUUCUCUACAUGAAGUAGGAGGCGUGCCCUUUGAAAUUCUUGAGCCUGUGCUAACGCGUUGCACACCAGAGCAGUUGUUUCGAAUAGAGGAAAGUAAUCCGACAUUCACAGAAGAAUCAGACCACUUGUGGAAGAAACACUGUCAGAGGGAUUUUAAAAAUGAGGGCCUCCUGGAAUAUGAGUCUUGGCGUGAAAUGUACUUGAGGCUCUUCAAUCAGAGAGAAGAAAAACUGAAGAUGCUUACAAAAAACAUUCUCUCAGCUCAGUCUGAGAAACCAAAAGGCCGUCAAGUAAAAAUGGCUUACAUGAACAGUGUGGCAAAGCCACCCAGAAACAUUCGCCGGCAGCAAGAAAUCCAUGGGACAGCAGGAUCUGUCACUCAACUUCAUCCCAUGGAGAAGUACAAAACAAGGAUUCCAGAAAUCAGAGACAGAAAUAACACUUCAUCAAAUCCAAACUCUACUAGCAACGGUGGAAGCUCCAGCUCAAGUGGAGUGACUCAAGAUGGGAAGAAGCCUGUAAAAAGAAUUGCGCCAAUUAUGAGGAAAACUUUGAAGGCAUUCAAGAAUACAGUUGGACGACGAUAAAAUGAGGCUAUGUAUUUGAAGCUUAUGUAAAUAUUCAUAUAUCAUGUUACAGCUAAUGAAAUUUAACUAGUUAAUGUAAAUCUCAUUCAAUUUGACGUAGUCAGAAAUAGUUAUGAAAUGUUUCAGGAGCAAGUGAUUUGCAAUAAAAAUCACCCCCCCCGA